GAGAGAUUAUGCGAUAAAAUACGAGAUUUGUGAUUUCAGCAUGGAUAUUUACUUGUAAAAAACUCGUUGAUAUACUAGCGUACAGUGUAAAAGAAUAUAUCGAUUAAAUCAACAAAUUAAGCAAUUACCAACUUCCGUUGAUUAUAUAUUUGUCAGCUAAGUCCUACCGUUAAUAGAAAGAUGGCCUCUAGUUUUUCCAAUUUCUUUUCGAGGGAUAAGACAUUUAAACAAAAGAAGAAAAAUAUAAUCGAAGGAACACUUCGAUAUGAUCUUCAUAAACGAGCCAACGCCUCCCUAAAUCAAGGAUUCAACUUAAGAUCCGUUGUGAAAUUGCCAGACAGCGAAGAUCUGAAUGAUUGGAUAGCGGUUCAUGUCGUCGAUUUCUUUAAUCGGAUAAACGUUAUAUACGGUAUUGUAAAUGAAUAUUGCACACCGGAGACGUGUCCUACAAUGUCCGGUGGACAAAAAUACGAGUAUAAAUGGUGUGAUGGGGUUAAAUAUAAGAAACCGACAUCCUUGCCAGCACCAACUUAUAUCUCCUACUUGAUGGACUGGGUAGAAUCGCAGAUAAAUAAUGAAAAUAUUUUUCCUGUUGAAGUUGGUGUGGCUUUCCCUAAAAAUUACAAUUCAAUCGUUAAGAAAAUACUAACAAGACUAUUCCGUGUUUUCGUUCACGUAUACAUACAUCAUUUUGAUGUUUUAACAGAUAUGGGAGCGGAACCACAUAUCAAUACUUGCUAUAAACAUUUUUACUAUUUCGUUGCCGAAUUCAAUUUGGUUGAAAAGAAAGAACUUGAACCUUUGAAAGAGUUAACAUGCCGAAUUUGUAGUUAAAAUUGGAGAAAAGUGAUGGAAAACUUACGAAAAACAAAAGAAAACGAAAAUAUGAAAGACAUUCUGAAAUUUACAAUCAAAUAGAUAGAACAGGGGAUUUAAAAACAAACAAACAAACGCGUAAUUGAAAUUUGCCAAAACAGAAAAAUCAUUUCAAUAUUUCAAUAACGGUUCUACAAAAUAUGAAAUUCUAUUUCAUAUAAUUAAUUUUAUAAGUAAAUUGUCGACCAAUAGUUGUGUGAACAAGAAACAAGUGUAUUUAUAUAUUGAUGAUGUUUUUCUUGUUUUUUUUGAUAAGCUAAAUGUAUAAAAUUGUAUCACUUUCAUUACGUUUUGCUAUAUCUAGUCGGAUAAAAAGAAAUCAACCGAUAUUUUUACCUCUUUAUUCUCUUCUUUAUCCUCCUCCUUAUUCUCUUCCCCUAUCUCUUUAUCUAUAGCCUAUAUAUAAAUUUAUAUAUAUAUAUAUAUAUAUAUAUAUA